CCUGUGUUCUCCGCAGCACGACCACAUCGGACAGACAGCGCAUCACCCCCGACGACUUCUCCGUCCUCCGUCCUCCCCGCUCGCUCCCCCACUCUGCCUGGCCGCCCAGAAGAUUUGAUAGAUUUUUCCCCAAAUCCGGCGAUCCCAUUCCGGUUCUCCACUUCCCCGGGAACCUUCCAAGCGGCUUCCAGAAGGCCCUAGCGACCCCGCUUUGACAGCUGCCGGCGGCGAGAUCUAGGAGCUCCCCUGCCAUGGUGAAGGACAGCGCCUACUACGAUGUCCUCGGGGUCAGCGUCGACGCGUCCCCCGCCGAGAUCAAGAAGGCUUAUUACAUCAAGGCGAAGCUGGUGCAUCCGGACAAGAAUCCCGGGAACCCUGACGCGGCACUCAAGUUCCAGGAACUUGGAGAGGCCUAUCAAGUUCUAAGUGAUCCGGGGAAAAAGGAGGCUUAUGAUAAGUACGGAAAGGAGGGUAUUCCCCAGGAUAACAUGGUGGAUCCUGCUGCUGUCUUUGGGAUGCUUUUUGGAAGUGACUAUUUUGAAGACUACGUUGGUCAGCUUGCUCUAGCAUCUAUAGCUUCAGUGGAGAUUGACGAAAUCUCAAACAGUCAAGAGGCAAGAGCAAAGGUUCAAGAAAAGAUGAAAGAGUUACAAAGAGAAAGAGAAGGGAAGCUUACUCAGAGCCUUAAGGACCGACUUCAACCAUAUGUAGAUGGGAGAAAAGAUGAAUUUGUGAGUUACGCAAGUGCAGAAGCUAGGCGUUUAUCCGAAGCAGCAUUUGGUGAGGCUAUGCUUCACACUAUCGGGUAUAUUUAUGUGCGGCAAGCAGCAAGAGAACUCGGGAAAAGUAGAAUCUAUAUGGGUGUACCGUUUAUAGCUGAGUGGGUUAGAGACAAAGGACACCACAUUAAAUCACAGGUUAAUGCUGCUUCAGGUGCUAUCUCUCUAAUACAACUUCAAGAAGGGAUGAAAAAGAUGGAGGGAAGUGAGAACAGUGAAGAGCAACUUAUGAAGAGUUUUGAGGAGAAAAAAGAUGCCAUGCUUAGCUCACUUUGGAAAAUUAAUGUGGUUGAUAUUGAGUCAACACUUUCACGUGUCUGCCAAGCUGUUCUGAAAGAUAACACUGUCUCCAAAGAUGUCCUGAAGUUGCGAGCCAAAGCGUUGAAAAAGCUUGGAACGAUAUUCCAAGGCGCAAAGUCUAUGUACCAUCGUGAAAACAGCCUGCGCGUUGAAACGGCCACAAAUCAACAAGCUACUCCAUCACAGUGAAGCCUAUGGACCACCGUGUAACAAGGGAUUUGAUGAUUUUUUUUUGUGGCUUUCACCUUUGUUUGUUUGCUAACAAUAGCAUUCGGAAGACGCAAAUCCGGUCUACAGUACCCUUCUAUUAAAUUUCUGUAGAUUAUGUGAGCGUUUAACAUGAGGCUGUGAACUGCGCUUGAUGCAGCAUUAUAUUAUAACCUGUAGCUGUGUUUUCCUUUCUGGAUAGUAGCAUUGUACUAUCUGUAUACUUUUAUUCGCCAAGUGUCUUUUGUGCCA